AUGACGCUCUGGAAGUCCCCACACCCUGAUCUCGAUACUCCAAGCGCCGUCAUUGGGGCAUAUAACAAUGCGGUGACUGGAGAGCGUCUUGACUUUGGCCAAGUCAAGUCAAAAGCUACUACUCUGAGCACAGUACUCGUGGAAGAAUAUGGCCUCCGUGCCGACCAGACUGUCUCGAUCUUCAGUACGAAUACUGUAUGGUACGCGGUCGCAUUAUGGGCGACUAUACGGGUCGGAGGCAGAAUCAAUGGAGCUUCUCCCGCAUACAAUGUGGAAGAAAUGACACAUGCUCUGAAGACAGCCGAUACAAAGAUCCUGGUGACCUUGCCCGGCUCAAUCGAGGCAGCUGUUACCGCGGCCAAGAACGCGGGCGUGCCAAGGUCGCACAUUCUGCUGCUCGAAGGCGAAGUACCAGGGUUCAAGAGUAUCCAAGACCUGAUCCAGCGAGGCCAAUCAUUGCCGGUCACAGAGGUGUACCAUAUACCCCGUGGCAAGACGAACAAAGACAUCUGCGGCUAUCUCAACUUCAGCUCCGGGACUACGGGCUCACCCAAGGCCGUCAUGCUGUCCCACCACAACAUCAUCGCGCAGUGCCUCCAGCUUAGGCAGCUCCAGCUCCUCCCCGCGGACGGUCAGUACCGGACCAUCGCAGUGAUGCCGCUAUUUCAUAUCACCGGCUUGGUCAGGUUCAUCACGUAUCCAGUGUUCACGAACGGCGAGUGCUACAUGCUGCCGCAGUUCAAGAUGGAAGCCAUGCUCGAGACAAUCAUCAAGCAUCGCAUAGAGGAGCUGAUCUUCGUGCCGCCGAUCCUGAUCCGCAUGGUGCGUGAUCCUGUCGUCGACAGGUACCUGCCACAGCUGCGCCGCAUUGUCAAGCGGUUCUCAUCUGGCUCAGCACCGAUGAGCCCAGAGAUCAUCCGCCUGCUGGAGGCCAAGUUCCCCGGCACUGGGUUCCGCCAGGGUUACGGCGCGACCGAGUCCACGGCGUGCAUCUCGUCUCACCCGCCCACACACUUUGCGUACCGCUACGCCCACACGGGCGGCAAGCUCGUCGCCAACACCGUGGCCAAGGUUAUUGAUCUUUCUGACGCGUCGAGGCUGCUCGGCCCCGGCGAGACGGGUGAGAUUUGUGCACGGGGCCCGCAGAUUGCGAUGGGGUACCUGGGGAACCCGGAGGCUACGGCCGAGUCCUUCGAUGAGGAGGGUUUUCUGCAUACAGGUGAUGUGGGGCAUAUGGAUGGGGAAGGACUCCUGCAUAUUGAAGACCGCAUAAAAGAGAUGAUCAAGGUCAAGGGCAUACAAGUCCCGCCGGCGGAGCUGGAAGAUCUGUUGCUGGGGCAUGAGCUGGUUGAGGACUGUGCAGUGUUGGGAAUCCGAGACGAGUACGCAGGUGAGAGGCCGAAAGCUUAUGUCGUGGUGAAGGGGGCGCAAACUCCAACCGAUGCGCUUGGCAGGACCCUGUUGAGAUAUGUGAGGGAGCGCAAGGUCCGGUAUAAGUGGUUGGCUGAGGUGGAAUUUGCGGAGAGCAUUCCGAAAGGGCCCACGGGAAAGCUGUUGAGGAGGUUGCUAAAGGCAAGCGAUAAGAAGGCCGAUAGGAAGAAAGGGUUAUGCGUAAGAGAUGACAUUGACAAAGCGAAGCUGUAG